UUUCUUGCCCCCUCGAAACUUCCUUCAAAUCAUCCAAAAUCAAAACCGCGUUCACACACGUUUUUUCUUCAUUCAUUCGUUAAUUAAUGAAUUGUGUUUCUACUCACAUAUAUAUAUAUAGAGUAGUAUUUUCAACAGGCCCAAAGUCUCUAUGCGUUCACACCACAUUUUAUCCCAUAUAUAUAUGAAUGAACCUUGUUUCCCAGAAGAAAAUUCUUCAAUUUCUUGUAUCAUGAAUCAUCUACCCAAUAAACGCCGUAGAAGGAGGAAAGAAAUCGUACAACAAACCCCAACUAAUAGUAGCGCAGGUGGUGGUGGUAAUGAUGAAUUUGGGUCGGAAAAUCAAGGGGCUGUCAAAACGAAGGAGUUGAAACAGAUAUUAACCUCUUUGUUGUUACUUGAAGAGCAAGAAAAAUCGGAAUUUGCAAAGGAAGAGGAAGAGGAUAAACACUUACUCGAAGCCAAUCAUAAGAAAACAACGAAAGUGAUGUGGGAUUAUUAUUCCAAUGUUCAACAGCAUCAUUCUGAUUUAGAACAGUUAGAUGGUGUUCGAAAGAGGAAAGGGAGAGGGAAUUCUGCUGCUCUUACUGCUACUGCUUGUGCCCUUGCUUCUGCAGCUGCAGAGGAAGAAGGGGUUUCCAGUAAUAAAUCUACCGAUAAAGGUGCGCCUCAUAGGCGAUUGUGGGUGAAGAAUAGGUCAAAAGCUUGGUGGGAUCAAUGUAACAGUCCUGAUUUCCCUGAAGAGGAGUUUAAGAAAGCGUUUCGGAUGGGGAAAGAUACAUUUGAAUUGAUAUGUAAUGAAUUGACUUCUGUGGUUGCGAAAGAGAAUACUAUGCUAAGAGAUGCUGUACCUGUGAAGCAGCGUGUUGCUGUUUGUAUAUGGAGAUUGGCUACUGGAGAGCCUCUGAGAUUGGUAUCCAAGAGAUUUGGAUUGGGGAUUUCGACUUGCCAUAAGCUUGUGCUAGAGGUUUGUACUGCGAUUCGAACUGUGUUGAUGCCUAAGUAUCUUCAAUGGCCUGAUGAGAAGAAAAUGAGGGAUAUAAAGGAUGAGUAUGAGGAUAUGUCAGGGAUCACAAAUGUUGUGGGAUCAAUGUAUACAACUCAUAUACCUAUAAUUGCUCCGAAAAUUAGCGUUGCAGCUUAUUUCAAUAAGAGGCAUACAGAGAGGAAUCAGAAGACUUCGUAUUCGAUUACAGUUCAAGGGGUUGUUGAUCCAAGAGGGGUGUUUACUGAUGUGUGUAUCGGUUGGCCUGGUUCGAUGCCUGAUGAUCAGGUACUGGAGAAAUCCGCCCUUUUCCAGAGGGCGAAUACAGGGUUACUGAACAACGUUUGGAUUGUUGGUAGUUCUGGAUACCCUUUAAUGGAUUGGGUUUUAGUGCCUUAUACACAGCAGCAGCUAACUUGGACUCAACAUGCUUUCAAUGAGAAGAUUGGUGAGGUUCAACGGGUGGCAAAGGAGGCGUUUGUAAGGUUGAAAAGGAGAUGGUCUUGUUUGCAGAAAAGAACAGAGGUGAAACUACAAGAUUUGCCAGUGGUGCUAGGGGCGUGCUGCGUCUUGCAUAAUAUUUGCCAGAUGAGGAAUGAGGAGAUGGAUCCAGAACUCAAUUUCGAGCUCAUUGAUGAUGAAAUGCUUCCAGAGAUUCAAUUGAGAUCGACCAAUGCUAGGCUUGCAAGGGAUGCUAUUGCUCAUAAUCUUCUACACCAUAACCAUGCUGGUACUUCUCUCCUUUAAUACAAUCAAAGGAGGGAAAACUUUGAUUCAUGUAAUUCUUUCAAGUUAUUACUUAUAUUUUCACAUUUGUUUUUCUUAAGUUAAGUUAGUGUGCAAACGGAUGAAAAUGUUGCUUUUCUAGCAUACACUGCAGACAAAUAUUGUAUUUCAUACUUCAAUUAGAGAUUGAUAGAAGAAAAUUGACUUGGCAACAACACAAA